AGUGAGAAGAAAAAAAGAAGAGAAGUUAUAAUUAUCAGAAAGAAAAGAAAAAGAGAUCUGGGCGGAGAAGGAAACCAAAAUCUCAAACGAACAAACUUGGCUCCUUCCUUCUUUCCUUGGGAUCGAAAACCCUAAAAACAAAUUGCCUCGAAUUUUUGGAAUAGGCUUUCUCGAGAUUCCCCUUAUAUCAACAAUAUUUGCGCCAGGAUCGGUCUGUCCCCUGGUAUCAUCGGAAUGGCAUGUGUUAAUGGGAUUCAAUUGUAGUUUUGUAAUAAAAUAAAGGAUUGGUUUCAAUGGCAUCAGCUCAGGUUAAGCGGAGGCAAGAGGCUGGACGGCGUAAGCUUGAGGAGUUCCGGAAGCAAAAAGCAGAACGAGAGAAAAAGGCAUCACAGAAUAAUACGACACAACCUCUUGAUAACACCGUCGCAGAUUCAGAUGGCGGAGAAGUUGUUGCAUCUAUCUCUAAUGGACCUCUCAGCCAACCUGCUGCUGAAAUCUCCUUCAAUCAAACCCAAACCCGAUCCCAAUCCAAAUCCUCAUCUUCUUUUGGAGAUGUAUACGAUGGAAGAAGCAAGAGAGAUGAGUCAGUGGGCACAUCUAGUAGCUUAGAGUUGAGAUCCUCUAAUGACUUAACAACGAAUAAUAGGAGGCCUGAAGCUGUUGUGCCUGAUAUCAAUAGAGACAAGCAAUUCAGUGGAUACUCUUUUCUAAGGGAAAGUGAUGGCUUUUCUAUGUUAUCAAGAAAAGACUCUCUACAACCUACUACCAAGAUGGCAGAGUCUAUUCACGACAACCAACAGGGAAGUGGUGAAUUAGGAGGAGGAGGUAGCAGCAUUUUGCAGAAGCCAACUUUGUCUAGCAGUUACUUGUUUAGUUCUCCGGACGCUGCUACAUCUCGACCUUCUGAAUCUUCAGAUUACGCUGCAAGCUCUUACUCAGCUAAAAAUGAAGCACUUUUGAAGAGAAAUCGUCCAUCUUUCCUUGAUUCCCUUAAUAUUUCUAAACCUCCAGAGACUCAAUAUCAACACCCUAAGAUUCAUGAAACAUCAAGUGGUUCCCAAUUAACUGGCGGUGAUGGGUUUGGACCAUCAUCGCUCCAAUUAACUCACAGUAAUGGACCAAGCGGAGCACCUGAUGCUUCUCAUUCAUAUGCAAAUUUCACGAGUCCUUUGUUUCCUGUUGCCAAUGGAGUAACGCCAGGUUUCACUGAUUACUCCAUCCCAAAACAUAAUGAUGAUUUUAGUACUCUGGAACAGCAUAUUGAGGAUUUAACACAAGAAAAGUUUUCACUGCAAAGGGAUCUUGAUGCUUCACGUGCUCUGGCAGAAUCCUUAGCAUCUGAAAAUUCUUCGAUGACAGACACUUAUAACCAGCAGAGAAGUAUUGUCAACCAACUAAAAGAUGACAUGGAGAAGCUACAUCAACAGAUCCAAGCACAAAUGGGGGAACUUGAAUCUGUCAGGAAUGAGUAUGCAAAUGCGCAGCUAGAAUGUAAUGCUGCUGAUGAGCGUUCCCAAAUACUGGCUUCUGAAGUCAUAAGUUUGGAAGAUAAGGCACUCAGACUCAGAUCUAAUGAGUUAAAGCUGGAGAGGGAACUUGAGAGUGCACAAGGAGAAAUGUCAUCUUACAAGAAAAAAUUACAGAGCCUAGAAAAAGAUCGCCAAGACUUACAAUCUACUAUUAAAGCUCUUCAGGAAGAGAAGAAGGUCCUACAGACUAUGGUGCAGAAAGCUUCCGCUGGUGGAAAAUCCACUGAUCUCGGGAAAAGCUCUACUAGCCGGAAGAACGCAUCAACCUCUACAGAAGGCCUCGGGAGCUCGAACCAGGAAACAGAUUCUACAUCUCUGCUGGGAAGUGAUUCAUCUAAUACAGCUAUCAGUGAUGAAACUGGACAAUUAACUCUUGAAGGCUUUCCAUUGAGCGUCCCAGCUGAUCAAAUGAGACUGAUUGAGAACAUUAAUACGCUGAUUGCUGAGCUGGCAAUUGAAAAAGAGGAACUGGUGCAAGCAUUGUCAACUGAAUUAUCUCAAACUGCUCGGGUAAAGGAGCUGAACAAAGAGUUAUCCAGAAAACUUGAAGUGCAAACGCAAAGGUUAGAGCUACUAACAGCACAGAAUAUGGCGAUAGACAAUGUUUCCCCUGCUAAGCAGCCGGAUUCUCAUGUUGUUCAAGAGAGACCACCAAUUGCAGAUGAGGGCGAUGAGGUGGUAGAAAGGGUUCUAGGAUGGAUCAUGAAGAUGUUCCCAGGAGGACCAUCAAAAAGAAGGACAAGCAAGCUUCUCUAAUGCACGCCUUUCUCAGCUAUUCUGUACAUCCUGGCACAACCAUGCACCUCUCUUGCUUCUUCUCUUAUUGGUUUGGAAGAAUUCGUUCAGCUUUUUGAUCCAAAAAUUUGGAUUUCAUCUGGCUUGAAGAAAAUCAAGAAGACAGCAUAUAGUGAGUGUAAUACAGACACUUUUAAAAGAGUUCCAAAUGGAGAGACACGAAAGUUUGAACAGAGAGGUUCUAUGAGUGCGGUUUUUGUUGUUUAUUUACUUGAAUUUUUGUAAUUGUUGAUUAUAGUGCAAUAUACUAAUUACCAUAGUACUCCGGUGUAGUUUUGGUUAGACAUUAUAGUUUCACAAUGUUCGUUUUAGUUUCAUGACUCAAAUAAACAAUAUAUAUCAACUACAUUAUUAC